CACCAAAUAACAAAUCAUUUGACAACGCUUGUUUGCGAUAUGAGAGAACUAUGGCUUCCUCCUUGAUUAAGUGGUUAAGAGGAUUAUAUGUGUUUUUCUUAACAUGUCUCCUGUCUGUCUUUGCCUUUUUGAAUCUAGAAGAAUUAAACGAAAUGAAAUAUGGCAUACAGAUUCUCCCCGAUCCUGUUAUCAUGGGACAGAUGGAAGAUGUAAUGUUGGUCUCUAACAAAUACAAGCAGCUGUAUGAGUGUCGUUUACCAGCUCAGGCAGUGCGUUUCCAUCAGGACCCGGUGUCAGAGCCUGAUGUGCAGGGUUACAGCGGCCCCGGGGUCCCUGAGCUCCUCAAGCCCAUGCAGACGGCAGCAUGUCUGAUUAAGACCAAAGACUGGUGGACCUAUGAGUUCUGCUACGGCCAGCACAUCAGACAAUACCACUUAGAAGAUUCGGAGAUCAAGGGAGAUGUACUGUUUUUGGGAUAUUAUGAUACAGAGUUUGACUGGACGAAUGAAACUGCAAAGGCAUCUAAGCAGCAUAAGCUGAAGAGGUAUCACAGUCAGUCAUAUGUCAAUGGCUCAAAAUGUGACUUAAACGGCAGUCCCAGAGAGACGGAAGUCAGAUUUGUGUGUGAGGAAGGCUCUACUGACUUCAUUUCACGGGUGGAUGAACCCCAGUCUUGCCGCUACGUCUUGACAGUCCACACCUCUCGCACGUGCCAGCAUCCCCUUCUGCGCCCACCGUCCACUGCCAAACCACAAGGCAUUGUGUGCCAACCUGCUCUCAGUGCCCAGCAGUACAUGGACUACGUCAAGGCUCAAGUCUCUGACACCAAACGUAAAGUGGAGCAGAUCUCAGAGGAGCUCAGAAACCUGGAUGAAAUUCUGUCCAAGGAUGACAAGAACAAAGGUGUGCUGGAUGACAGAACAGAUGAGGAACCUGCAGUUAGCUCUGAUGAGCCUCCAGUUUCCAAGGCCCAAAAAAAAGAGGGUGAAGUUGCUGAGAAGUCGACGAGUGAAGAGCCAGAGGACAAAGACUUCUGGGAAGGAGUUACCAAACCAGCACACACAAAGCCAAGCACACCUGACACAGAGACCCCUCAGGAGCCACAGGACAACCAAUUACAUGAAAAUGAUUUAUUUGGAGAGGAAAAGUUUAACUUUAAAAUCAUCACAGACCCCGCAGACCUCAUGAAGUUUGUACAACACCUCAGAGAGAGCAACGAAAAGAACAGGAAAGCUGAGCUGGAAAAAGAAAACCAGCAAGCAUCUCAGAAGAGGAAGGAGAAGGAGGAAAAAAUAGAGGAGAAAACAGCAGAGGUGGAGGUGGAAGUUGAGGAUGUAGAUGAAGAUGAAACAUUGCUUCAGGAGUUUGAGGAUGAGAUGCAAGAUCUAUCCGUUCCCUCGUCCAAGAUAGAAGAAAUAAAAGAAGAGAUGCAGAAAGAGUUUGACAACAUCAUAGAGGAAGCUCAGCAGGAGUUAGAAAAUGAAGGCCUUAAGGGUGAGUUUGAUCGUUCUCAGGCUACGCAAACUCUAGAAAAUACACUAGGGAAACUUCUGGACCGUCUUGAAGACAAGACUGAACAUAAGAGUCAAGCAGAAACAGAACAAAAUGCAGAAAUGGAUAAAAGCACACAUUCACCGCAUAAAACAGAGGGAGGCUCUUCUUCUGGCAACCCAAAUCUGGUUCCCAAAACACCAGGAAAGAUCGAGGUGAAGAUUUUAACCCGUAAAACAGCCGAAGAAGCAGGAGACCAGUGGCUCUCUGAGGAGGAUACGAAAUCAUUUAGAGAGCUUCUCAUCAACCUUCUGACAGGAGGAACAGAGGAGGUGUACAAAGAGCAGAAAAGACAGCAAGAGUUGGAAAACAAUUACAAAUUUGUCUGGGGAGAAAAGCAGGAUGAGAGUCAGUCCACAGGAAACAGUGAUUCUGACGAAGCAGACUUUUGAGCCUUUUCCUCAUCUCUCAAGCACUGUUAUUUUGAAGAAGGCCAGCCAGCAUUCUCUGAACUAUAAGCCUGGUAAUCACUUUACAGUGUGCGUCGCAACCAAACUGCCCUCUCAGACCAUUCGAGUUCAUGUUUAAAAACUUUUGAGGGCUUCAAUCCACUGCCGGGAAUUUUUUCUGUAUGAGCGUCUGUGAGUUGUUUGUAGCUUGUCAGAAUAUUAUGUGGUCGCUUCUUUGAACAAAUAUACAAAUGCACUUCACCUUUGAGUUGUGUUGUGCUUCAUGUCAGUGUGUGACAAAGCCCUUCCUUCCUCCUCUUUCACCUCCAGACAAACAUCAGUUAGUCUGCAGGCAAUCUCUAUGCCAACAUUUUCUCAUCAGUGGACAAACAGUGAUGUUCUUUUGGAUUGCCUUUCAAUGGCAGGGAAAUAUGGAUACAUGCAGAGCUGUUUUUAGGGAUUGAGUGUGGUGAUGGUCAGAAUCCCUUCACCUUAAAUCAAAUUUUUUUUUUGUCUUGCAUGUCAUGCAAAACAACCUAACAAACCCAGAGCCUCUGACCUAUAAGCAAAUAAUUCAAUGUAUGGUUGCUGUUUAGUCAUAGAUUAACAUUUCGCCAAAAAUAAAGAACAUCUAAUUACCAGAAUUAAAAUAGAAGUGCUCAGGGGUAGCUUAAAUAAUGUGUCUGUGCUCUUUGGAUGAGGGAUUCAUCAUAAUAAAGCAGCAAAAAUCAGUCCAAGGCGCUCAAAAAAUUUGGAAACAAUUUUAAAAAGCAUUUAUUGACAUGGCUAUUCCUUAAAACUGUGGCUACACAUGAAAAUAACUGUCUUCAUCAGGCUAACUGUUUUUAAGGAAUAGCCAUGUUAAUAAAGGAUUUUUAAUAUUUUUCCACAUUUUUGGAGUGCCUUAGACUGAUUUUUAACAUUUGAGUACCCUUUACACACAAGCGUCUUGUAUAUGAAGAUGUUUUGAAAAUUGAUGGUAACGAAAAACAUAUGGGCCCCUAUUGCGAAGCUGAUACAGAGUUGGAGCAAAUAGAGUGUGAGUAAAUAAUGACAGCAUUUCAUUCUUGGGUGAACUGUCCCUUUAAGACAUGUUUAGGUGGUUUAUUUAUGUUCAGCCAGACUUCAAAUGAAUUAUGUCUUAUUUAAAACACAAAAACCACUGCCAGGCGUUGAGAAUCUACUGCUUUUUGCUGCUUCUUUCAUGUCCCUAGCAGAUAAGGGCUGUUUUUGUUGUUGUAAAUGUUUGGAAUGAUCAUCAUACUUUGGUUGAUUGUAAAAAAAAAAAAGAAAAAAAAAAGAAAACUGAGCAUUUGAUUAGAUUUUUUUUGUAUAAAUUAAGGCAACUGCCAUUGCUAAUGUCUCAUGCACAAUUUUUUAAGGGGGAAUUAAAUUGGUAUAAGCUGCUGUAAGAAA